CCCACCGCGCCGGGGCCCAGGCUCAUUCUCCCCUCGGCCGCCCCUAGUCCCAGCCGGGCGGGUGGGGAGCAGGUCUGCACGGCCCCCGGGCCCGCGCUGGUGGCGCGGGGAGUGGGCGGGGCUCCCGGAGGCGGGGUCCCUGGGGCGGGGCGCCCCAAGUCCGCGGCCAGUGCACUGUGUGGCUGGAGUCCGCGGAGCGAUGACGGCGAGCAAGCGGGUGGCGAAGGAGCUGGAGGAUCUUCAGAAGCAGCUUCCCAGGUACCUGCGGGACCUGUUCAGCGAUGAUGCCGACGUCCUGGUGUGGCAUGCCCUCCUCCUGCCUGAGAAACCGCCAUACAACCUCAAGGCCUUUAAGCUGCGCAUCAACUUCCCCGAGGAGUAUCCGUUCAGGCCCCCCACGGUGAAAUUCACAACCAAGAUCUACCACCCCAACGUGGACAGUGACGGACAGGUGUGCCUGCCCAUCAUCAGCAAUGAGAACUGGAAGCCUUGCACCAAGACCUGCCAAGUCCUGGAGGCCCUCAACGUGCUGGUGAACACACCAGACCUGGGGCAGCCCCUUCGGGUGAGCCUCGCUGACCUGCUGAUGCAGGACCCGGAGCUGUUCCACAGGGAGGCCGAAGAGUUCACCCUGCAGUUUGGAGAGGCCCGACCCUCCUAACUCUGCUUCUGACCCCUCCCCGUGCCGGCUCCUCUCUGUGUGAUGGACAGACACUCCUCAUGGACUAGGGGUCAGAGCCCCUUGGUGGCCCAUUCCCUUCUCAUCUUUUCCACUUUUCCCUUCUUGGGUUGUUAGUCAUUCGUUUGUGUGGGGGGUCGGGGAGGGGCCGCGGAUACGUGUGUGUGGGGUGUGGACCUUCUCCGGGGUUCACCUGGCCACAGGUGUGCUUCCCCCACUCCCUUUCUCUGCCCCAGAGCCGGGGCAGUUUAGGUUUGCAGAGCUACAGGCCAGCUCUCCGGUGCUCUCCAGUGUGAGAAUCCUGGGCUCACUCGUUGCUCCAUCUGAGAGACACAGGUCACCUUCCAGGCCAGCUUGCGGGAAGCGGACCCAGCAGCCAACCAGAGUCCCCCCAGGGCCCAGGUGUCAGGGGGCAGAGGGAAGUUGGGGUGGGGGUGGGAGGCAGUGCAUAUGGAGCGCAUCAUAUUUACAAGUGAGUGCUUUGUUGAUCGACUAAUCGAAAUCAGCUGGACUAUGGAUGGACGUGCAUAGAUUUAGGCGCUAAACCUUUUCUCUUCCACAAAGUGAAGAAUACAGUCUCCAUGCCAGAAAUCUUACCACAUGGUUUCUAACCACUUGCCAUCCCAUUAGGUGGCUAGUUCCUGAGGGCCAGGCUUCAGGCUGGGAGGAGUGUCCCCUCUGGCUUCCAGUCCAGGGGGAGCCACAGAAACCAUGUGCUUGUCUAGCCAUUAAAGUCACAGAUGAAUUGCGGA